AUGGAUGACGGCUCGAAUACUAGGCGAUUGUCGUUGCAGGGGCAGAUAUUGACCCUGAUACUUGACUUAAUCGUUACAUUAUGUACCGAGUCCGUAGGCUUUGUACACGGCAUCUCAUUGCGUUCUGCGCUAGCCUCAGAGUCUCGACUUCAUUUCAACACCAAUUUGCGCCUUUUGACCGCAGCUCGUGGAUGGCAUAACCCUAAUGGCGCCCUUCUCAACGGUAUCUCGGCUAUCCUCCUCAUUGUAUCUUACAGCUUGCCCUCGCUCAUCGUAUGUCCGGACGUCCGGGAGAUAUUACAAGUCAGUUCUGAGAUGAUUCUAUCUCUCAGAGUCCCACUGGCAAGAGGGUCUUGCCAUCGCAGGGUUACCUCUACUCAUGUUGGGCGUCGUACUCCUCCUCCAGGUGAUGGUUGCAUUGUCAGGGAUGCGGGCGCCAACAUAUUGACAUGGCUCCUCACCAUUCGACUUGACCGCUGCAUUGGUCCAGCGAAACCACCAGAGACACAACCUUCUCCGUGGCAUGCCCACCCUAGCAUCCGGAAAGUCAUCAUUUUUCUUUGGGUCAUUGUUGCAGCAUGCGUUGGAUGGGCCGCACUCGUCAUGUCUGAUCCUGCAAACGUGGUCGUUCUUCCACAACGAGAAGUCCAAUUACACAUAUAUGCUCUGCCAUACGUCGGACCUGAGUGGUGGAUUCUGCUUUUUGUCAACAUCGUAAUGGUCCAGGGACCGUUGACGCUUGGGCUACAUUGUUCGGAGCUCAUCACAAAUGUCAUUCGAGACGAAAGACAGUGGAGAUGCGCUACUGGAAGGAAAGGACUUCGAGUGGCGACGAACCCGCUGAAGUCGGUUUUGACUGAUCCGAUCUGUCUCAUACUUUUCAUCUCGAAGCCCUUCUUGCACUGGAUGUUUGGGCUUUCAUUCAGCACAGCUGACGACGCUGUUAACGAGCGCCUAGGAGGUGUGGCAGUAGUCAUGUUCACUGCCCAGAUCUGGAAUCUAUGUAUUGGGCUCUUCGUAUUUGCCUGCUUCUUCACUUUCAUCGCACUGCGCCGACCGUGUGGUCCUCAGCCGGCUGCAUACGGCCACCUCCAGACGCUCGCUAACCUCGUGGAUGAAUGGUCGCCUGUCAUGUGGUGGGGACACAAGGAGGAUGGAAUUCUGUACUGUCAUGCUGGAACAAGCGAUCAUCCGCUGCCGGAUGUGAAGAUGGACUGUGUCUAUGCUGGUUCCGGUGCUGGGCCUUCGGUACCCGUCUCAUGA